UCUGAAUAUUUACGAGAGGAGAGCAGCUAUGCUCCUUCGCAACAACAUGAAUCUGCUCUGCUGCUACUGCUUUUCUGACAUCAUAACACAGGACCACAUUGGCCUUUGGUGAUGCAUACAUAGUGAUGACAGAAAAGCCUGCAUUGUCACUACCAGUUAAGAGACAAGCCAGUUGUGACAUUGAAGAAAAUGCUAAUAAACCAAUGUGUAAAUAUGGAGAAAAGUGUUACCGAAAGAAUCCACAGCAUUUCAAAGAAUUUCAACAUCCAAAAUCCACAACUCCAGUAGCAAAAAGACAAAAAUUGAACUGUGAAGAGUUGACAGCUACUUCCCGAAAUCAUGUACCAUUAUAUGUAACCUCAGUCCGAGGAAUAUCAGCAGAGUACAAUCAGAAGAAUGUUGCUAUUGGAAUAAAAGAUAUUCUAUCAGAGGAAGAUGGUGACCUAGAAGCAUCUGCUCAGUUCAACUACAUGUUUGACCUUUCUUGGCUGAUGCAACAAUAUCCUGUAAAAACAAGGAGAAAGCCAUUGCUUAUUGUUCAUGGAGAUUCUGGUCAAAGUAAAGCAAAUCUAGAAGCAGAAGCUGCACCAUUCAAAAACAUUGAAUUUGUUCAGGCAGAGCUCACCAUACCAUAUGGCACCCAUCAUAGCAAAAUGAUGUUCCUUCUUUAUAACGAUGGAUUAAAGGUGGUAAUUCAUACGGCGAAUUUAAUUGAGCAGGAUUGGGACCAAAAGACGCAAGGUGUCUGGGUGAGCCCGAAAUUCCCCAAGUUAUCUACGAAGCAAAAUCAAGAUAACCUGCAGAAUGAUGAAUUCAAAAAAGACCUCCUGGAAUACUUGGAUGCAUAUGGUAGCAGUUCUAAGCUCGAUGUUUGGAGAAAUAGAAUCAAGGAUCAUGACAUGACUGGAGCAAAGGCUCGGAUUGUUGCGUCCGUGCCUGGGAGACACGUAGGAAUCUCGAAGUACAAAUGGGGUCAUCUUAGAUUGCGAAGUCUUUUAGAGCUGUUUGGUCCAGACAAUGAAUUUGUGGAUAGACGUUGGCCUGUGCUGGGGCAGUUUUCAAGCAUUGGUUCUUUAGGACCUGACGAAAAGAAAUGGCUUUGUGCUGAAUGGUUGGAAAGUUUGGCAGCUGUCCGUAGAAAGCCAUCAAUUCUAAAAGCAAAUUUACCUGAUUUAAAAUUGAUUUUCCCGAGUCUUGAAAAUGUAAGAACAAGUUUGGAAGGUUAUAAAGCUGGCGGCUCGCUCCCAUACGCAGAUAACAACGCACGGAAGCAAUUAUAUUUGCUGGAAUAUUUCCACCAGUGGAAGUCAACUCAGUUAGGAAGGACACGUGCUUCGCCGCAUAUAAAAUCUUAUUCACGGAUUUCACCUGAUAGCAAUGAAGCUGCAUGGUUUCUUCUCACGAGUGCAAACCUCUCGAAGGCAGCUUGGGGUGCAUUUGAGAAGAAAGAGUCGCAAUUGAUGAUACGAUCGUUUGAGAUUGGUGUCUUAAUGAUCCCACAGCAAUUUAGUUCUGAAUCGAAAUCUUUUAACAUCCUGGGGAAAAACAAAACCAAUUCAGGUUCUUCGUAUUCAUUGCAACUUCCUUAUGAUGUUCCACUUACGGCGUAUUUGCCGGAUGACAGUCCAUGGAUAUGGGAUCGCAAUUACUUGAAGCCAGAUAGUUUGUCAGGAACAUGGAUGCCAAGAAGAUAAUAGCGGUUUUGAUACCAAUUUGAAGGAUUUGUAUCAACGAACACUGAGCCAUCAAUGCUUCGAAUGGCGUUCUUCAUUUAAGUAACCUACAGCUAGAAAGUGAUAAAGAAAAUCUCAAUAGGGAAGAAUUUACAGGGGUCUUCUCACAUAUCAGGAGCUUUGAGUUGGAAAUUUACGACAUUCUAGUAACACUUUCAAAUUCUACCUCCUAAGCUUAUUGUAAUGUAUGCUAAUGCUUUCUUAUUUACACAAAAUUGUUAAAGUGCAUUGGCUGUAUCUACUCAGAAGGGAAUUCCAUUAUAAGCCAUUAUUCAACAGCUCUUCAAUGUGGACUUUUCCUUUUUAGAACCAAAUUUAUUUUUGAAUGGCAUGUUUUAAGGCAAUCUAAGUAAGUUCUCGUAAUGUAAUUGAUUGGUGCUAAGGUGUUUUAAAUAAGUAUUUGUAUGCGUGAAAAUUGAACUUUAAGCUAAUUAAGGGUAGAAUUUUAGGUGACCUGCUGUGAGCUUGUCAAAAUUUAUGUUGUUAAGUACUAGUGUACUAAAAAUUUUGAAUGAAUAAAUACUAAGAGAGAUUCUAUGCAGUCUUUCACUAAA